AUGGCAUUACUGUACCGUGGCGCGCGACAACAAAACGAGCGGUCACUACAGCAAGCCAUGGGCGACUCUUCAAAAGCUCUUGCCCGAAUGAUGGCGCGAUUUCUCGCCUGUCUUCUCUUUGCUAGCAUAAUGGCGCCAGCCUGGACGUCCUUCUCCGUCGCCAGCACUGGAGAAGAUGUCUCAGCGGGAGAACUCGUCGGCGAACAAACAGAACGCCCUGUCAUAUCUCUACCGGAUGUGAUCUCCGACAAGCCGUCAGCAGAAACUGCUGCAACAGAGCCAGCACUCUUGCGCCUCACAUCGACAGGAGAACAAACGAACAUUAUUGCUGGAGAGUAUAUCUCAGUCGGACGGUUCCUCAAACGAGAAUACGAUGAUGGUGACCUUGGAUAUUUUUCUGCUGUAUCCGGUCUGGCGUGUCGGGCCGCAGUCGAAGGAUUUCUUCGUGCUUACGAAGAAACGCGAUUCGCCGAGGAGGCUGUGACAUCUAACGGAACAGCGGAAGUGGAGAGAGCUCCCUGGAUUCCCCAACUCCUGUCUUCCACUAAGGUCAAAAGAACGUUUUCCCUCAUGAGGCAGCAAGGCCGUAUAUUCCUAACUGAUGCUCGACUGAUGAACAUGAUCUUUCACAUCAAGGCAGUCACUGCUCGGCUACUCAGGGGCUCGUCAGCACAGCGACAGUUCAAGAAUAAGGCAACGACCUUUGGCUACUCUACGAUGUGCCGAAGGGAUUGUGCUGAGGCAAUUACAGAACACCUUAGCCAGACAAAGAUCGCCCCGGCAACAAGCAGGAAAGCUCUCCAAACAGACCCUCUAUCACGUCUGCAGAACGACUGGCGGAGUAUUGUCCUGUGCAAUACAGGAGGCUGACCGACUAAGCAUGGAUCCACACGCUGUGACAUCUACACCAGAAUCGCUUAAGCGUUUGAUAGAAACGAAGUCGCUUUCCUUCACAGCCACGUAGAGGGCUUCAACACUGGAAG